ACCUCCUCCCCCCUUCACCGUUCCAAGGCGAAGGCAGCUGCCUCAGGUGCCGACCGUGACGGCAUGAAGCCAAACUUGGCACUUAAGGCAAGUGUGUCAACGUCUCCGAGGCCAGUUGUCUUGUCACCCCCACUCUGGUUUGAAGGAAUAGCCGCUCUCCCCGUGCAAGCCAACGAACUGCCAAGCAGCUGCCGAUGCCAUGCGAAUAUUCACGUUUGCACUACUUUUUUUAGGCAGCACCACAGCAGGAAGCUCACGGGUCCGGCGAGGGUCGUACAGUCUUCCCGACGGCUCGGAGUUCAUCGUGGGCCUCCUGAAGACAUCCUUCCGGUGCCGGGCAAAUGGCUACUUCGCUGAUGUCGACAAUCACUGCCAAGUGUUCCAUGUGUGCCACGAGCAGCCAAACUUUAUGGGGCCUUCUAGGUACCAGCUAUUCAGCUUCGUCUGCGGAAAUACUACCAUAUUUGAUCAGCUGACGCUUACGUGCAUGUAUCCCGACGACGCCAUCCCGUGCGGAACUGCACCGCUCUUCUACGAUGUAAACAGCAAUUUGGGCGACGAUAGCGCCUACUUCCUGACUGACGACGACAUUGUUGACAGAGACGCACAUCGUACUCACAGCUCUUUGGAGAACAUCCCGCCGCCAAUGCCGCCAAUGCCACCACCACCACCGCCCCCGCCCCCGCCACCACCACCACCGCCACCGCCACCACCGCCACCACAGCCGUCACCCCACAUGUUACAGAUUGAUGCUCCAGAUGACUAUUUCUCAGGAUAUCGAGAACUGGAAUAUUUCGACGACCAUUCUGAAGAUAGGCCCCCGCUCCUGACAACCACCAGCACGACGACCACGACUACUACUACGACCACGACUACCCCGAGGCCGUACACGGCGCGGUUCACAACACGAUCUUCCAAACGCGGAAAGUUCUUCCCGCAACGCUCAAGGUCUCGCACCACUCCUAGUCAAUCUCGUGGCGACAUUCCCAUUCUGGACAGCCCGGUUAGGUCGUGGGGUCUGCACAGGGGCAGCCGCCGCAAGGAAGUGUUCGGGGUAGACGUAAUAACAGUGAGACCAACGGAACCGAUUGUGGUAUAUCCGAGGAGGCUACCAAAGAAGAAAAUCAUUGUGUCACCUCUUCGCCGACCUGUGACUCGCCAGACAACGCUACCUCCGCGACAACGCGAGGAGGUACCAGUGUUCAACGAAAAACUUGAAGCGCGACCACGGACAGUUCCUCCGUUCGACUUCGAACCGCGGCACGCUCCGAAACCUGUCCACCACACGCCAAAGCCAACCCAACGCCAUAGAAUGAAGAGCUUUGAAGACGAAACACCCGAAAGCCUUUUAAAACAACUUGAAGAAGCUUUCGCGCGCGAUUAUCCCAAUGUUCAUACCGGCGGUGAACCAGUAAGAUCCCGUAUAGUCGGAAGGCUAUCAAGUGGUCGCGUCGAUUCGAAGAAGUCAGAACCAUUAGUCUUCAGUAAAGACAAGGUCGUCGUUGAUAUAUAUAACACUACCCUGAAACAAGGGAAGGAAGAAAAAUACCAAGGGAUCGCUGUGCUAUCAAAAGAUUUUAUUCAAGUAGCCCCGAAGGAUGCCGAUUUGACUCCUGUGGCACCAGCAGUGAACACAGACAAUGAUUUCGCAUCAAACAGUUCACUGGUUGAUGUGCUGGAGGUUACCAAAGAAGUAGCACCGACGUUUCAAGGACCAACUCCAACACAGCUCGACGGACCAACAUGGAACAACGAAGGCAGUACUAACUACACUCAGACCGAUCUGACUGCAGAAGUCGAUAGCCCUGUCAAAAGUGUACCGUUGGUCACUGCCGACGUACUGUCAUCACAACCCAAUGAUUCUGUUACGGAAGCGGCACAAACAGCUCAGAUUGAGCGCGAAGAUUCCCCGCAUCGCACAGCCAACACUACUAACUUUCAUCCCUAAAGGGUACGAGAGGCCUUCAUGAAGGAGUUUAAGGGGCCGGUUCUCUUAAUCUUCAGUGAAAUACCUUCUAUAAUGUAAAAAACAGUGAAAUUCAACGUGCAAUAAAGUCUAUGGCGCAACCUGUAUAUAAUGUGGAAAU